AUGUCUUUCAAGGCUCGUUUUCGCACCUCCCGUGAGAGUGUAAAGGGUUUCCUGCGCGAUAGCCGAAGGAAUCACACCACGGCCUUCUUUGCGGAGCUCGCAGGGACCUUUCUCUUCCUCUUUUUCUCCUUUGGCAUUGCCCAAGUCGCACAUACCCCUCCACCUGCGGAUGCCAACUCAGCGCCAAACCUCUUGGUCAUCUUCUUCAUUGCGCUUGGGUUUGGUUGUUCCCUGGCUAUUAACGUGUGGCUGUUCUAUAGAGUCAGUGGUGGCAUGUUCAAUCCAGCCGUUACGUUGACGCUUUGGCUCAUUCGAGCCGUGCCUACCUCACGCUCCUUGGUAGUCUUCCCUGCUCAAAUUUUAGGCGGCAUUGCUGCAGCUGGUGCAGUGUCUGCCACGUUGCCUGGGCCGAUGGCGGUGAACGUCAGACUGGGAGGAGACACCUCCGUUGCUAGAGGGCUGUUUAUCGAGAUGUUUGCAACGACUCAGCUCAACUUUGCUGUGAUUAUGCUGGCCGCCGUCAAACACAAGGCAACUUACCUCGCCCCGAUCGGAAUUGGCAUAGCUCUAUUUAUCGGCCAUCUCUUAAGUAUCUACUAUACCGGCGCUGGCAUCAACCCUGCUCGGGCCCUUGGCCCCGACGUUGUUACUCAUAGCUUCCCAACUUAUCACUGGAUCUAUUGGAUUGGCCCGUUCCUAGGGUCUUUCGUGUCAGCGGUCUUCUUCUUCCUUCUUGAAGUUUUCAAUUGGAAAACAGCCAACCCUGGCCAAGACUACGAUGACCUGGAGACUCAGACCAUUACCCCGUACAGAACAACCCCUCGGGCAAACGUGGCGCUGCCAGGGCUCUGA